AUGUCGAAAACAGCAGGUAUUAUAGACUCUAGUACAUUUAUAGUAGCUACGAAAAGCGGCCAGAUGAUCGUGAAAGUGGCACCUAAGACUGAACAGACUCACUUAAAAAUCAUGAAGAAAAAUGGUGCAUCGACACAACAGGUUGUCCAGAUGCGCCCUAAGUGUGCCCAACAAACACCAAAAUCACUAAAGGGUCACCUGGCCAAAGCUAAAAAAAGAUUAUCAGAACUGAAAGUGUCGCCAGUUACACCUAAACAGACCGAAUUCCCCAAAAAACCUAUCUAUCUGCUAAGACAGACACCUUUAAAAAACCGAUGGUCGUCAAGAAACUUCCAGAAUCGGCUCCAAAAUCUAGCCCCAAUGCAUUUUCGAAAUUAA